CCCAAAGACCACUAUUAUCGAAUUCGAGAGAGAGACGGUUGAAGAAGAAGAUGACCUGGAGGCAAAUACUCUUCAACAAUACUGCAAUCUCCGCAGCACGUUCUACGCCUGGUUUCUCUAGAUUCUUCUCCAAAUCAAUCGCUUAUGAAGUAAAAGUUGGAAUACCAGAAUUUUUUAAGGGAAUAGGCAAAGGAGUAGAAACCCAUGUGCCCAAGCUUGAAUCUGAGAUUGGUGACUUCCAGAAGCUGCUUGUCACUCGCACUCUUAAGCUCAAGAAGCUUGGCGUCCCUUGCAAACAUAGGAAACUGAUACUGAAAUAUACCCACAAGUAUAGAGUGGGACUGUGGAGACCUCGAGAAGAUACUGUGAAAUCGUAGUUGGUUUUGAGACUAGCUUGGCCCUUUAAGGACUUGGAAGGCAUUACUGCUGAACAUUCACAUGCAGAACUUUUUUAGUCGAGUCUUGACGGUUGAACAUUUUACAUGUUGAACUAUAUUAGCAAACGAGUCUUGGUUUCUUAGUAUUAGUCUUCAUCUUCAUUCAAAUUUCAUUGAUAAAAUUUUGCAGUUGACUGUACAAGGGCACCGAACUGUUCGGCAGUGUAACAGUUGCAAGUGGAUCAGAAAAUUUGCAUCUUUUCUGUUGUUAAACCUAUAGCUAGCGAAAGUAAGGAUCAAC